AACAAAAACACGUCAUCUCUGUAGAUGGCUAUCGGACCGUUUGGAUAGCCAGGAGACUUCUGGUCCUCGUUUUUCUCAACCUCGUGAUACGGCUCGAAGUCAAAAGCUGCUCGGUUCGCGACCUGCGCUCGAAUCGGCGACUCUUCUUCGGGAAUGGUGGAGCCGAACGUCGGUGGCGGCGCAGAAGGCUUAGAUGGGCGUAAAAACUCGGAAAGACCAGACUCGUUGCGCUCGAGAACGGUGGGGAUGGUCAUGCCACCGACCGGGCCAAAGGUAGCUGAUUUGAGACCCGAGAGCAUGUGUGGUGACGAAGUCGAGUGUUUAAGCGCGCGCCUCUGGAGAAUUGGGGGGAUCGAGAGGAUUGGCGACGAAGGAACCUCUAGCAAAGGAGCCGGCUUGUGCAGAUCUUGUGAGCUUGUCUUCAGGCUAAGCUGGCUAGGCUUGCGCUUCAUCGCCGGGAUUGUGGGCUUGAUGAAAACCGGAGAUGAUGGCUCAGAAACUAGUGUUGAGGAUAGAGAGUUUGUGAAAGGCGGUUGUAUUGAGAGCCCUUUCAUGUUGCGCGGCCGCCUGGGUCCAGGCGAAGUCAUUGGCCGCUGGGUAGGCUCCGAGACGCUGAGAGAAGCCAUGGAUGACAGGCCUCCGAAGGUUGGGCCGGGGAAGGAAGAGAGAGGGAUGAGGUUGUUGAUGGGAGAGUCCGGGGAGGACGAGGGAGACUGAUCCGAAAGGGACGAAGAAUCGGUACACGAUGCAGUCGUUGUCGGGGACGAGUCUGCCGAUCCGGUGAUCUGGGUCGAGGUGCUAUCGUGGUGCUUGUGCAGGUGGUCGGAUGGGAUGGCGGCUGGGUGAAGAGGUUGUUGCUGGCCCGACAGCUUGGUCUCGGGCGAGUCGAUAUCCAUCAUUUUAGAAUCCACAACUGUGAUGGCACCCCUGUCGUCCAUAGCCUCAGACUCGAUGUCGAAAACUGACAUGAACGAAGGGAUCUGAUCCUCAUACAAUCGCCUGGCUGCAGCUGAAGGCAUCAUCGGCCCGUCUGCCGUCUCGUUCUGGCCUUCCUGCCGUAGGCGCCUCCUCUUGCUUGCCUGCGCCAGUGGCCGCCGCGCGCUGUUGAGCCAACUCGUGUCUGUCCUGAACAAGUCCGUCGAUCUUUGCCUGUGACUCGGGGUCAAAAAGAGCGUUCUGAUGGGGUCGCGAAUGGGGACAGCUCUGCUGAAUCCUCCAGCGAACCACAGCCCAGUAUUCUCUCGUCAACACGAUCAGAGCCGAGCUGGUCGUGUGGCGCGCAGGUGAAGUGAAGCGAAUGUCGCAAAAUGCCAAUUCCACCUGAAGCCGGGUCCAGACCUCUUAGACAACGGCAGAGUGAGAAACGAAGAGAGCAACCCGCUUUGUUGUUGUCAAGACAGCGUGCCUGCGGGGGGCGCCAGGACCCGAGUGCGAGCAGGCUAUCGGGAGAGUGGGAGAGGAUUGUCGAGGGUUCGGGCAGAGAUCAAGCGUCAGCACAUUGUUGGAGGUGGACAAAGGGCGCGGGUUCAAUUAACAAGAAGAGAAGGAAAAAAAGAAAGAAAAUGUCGAGGACAAGCGGGAAAGAAGAAAAAAAACCCGAGAGCGACAGCGAGAUCGAGGUUUCUGGUCGGCAAUUAGGUAGCGUCGACGGGGUUGAUGGCGUGUUGGCAGGAAUGCCGCGUCUCUAUUCUCUUGUUUUGUGCUUUGUGUCAAGGGAAGAAAAUAAGUGAGUAAAAAUAGAGGGAGAAGUGGGAAAGAGAGACAACAGGAAGGGGGGUGGAGAGAAAGAUUCAAGAUCGUGGGCAAUGGCGGUUUGAAGGAUGGUGGUGGUGUGGCGGAAGGCGAGGGAAAAUGGUUCAUAGGGUGUGUGGGCUGGGGCCUGCUGGCGGAUGGGGCCUCCCCCCUGAAGGCGGCGGGCAGCGGUUUGGAUGGGCGUGCGGACACGCAGGCUGGGAUGGAUCCGAGGCGGCUUCUCGCUUGGUUACUGGGGUGGCCGUUUGUGGGCUGCGCGGAGAGGGCGACAACAGCUGGGAGACGGGGAAAUCCAAGGUUGUGGGAGAUGGGAGGAGGACUGGAAACAGCGGACGGAAGGCCGCCUCCACUGCCUGUGCUCAGAUGUUGCCCGCCUCGGAGGGAACGAGGGACCAGACAAGAAAAGAACAAUUCGACCAGGGGUCGCUGCUCAAUGCCACAUGCGACCAGCAGGCCCCACCUGCACAGCCGGCGGCUGGCCAAUGGGGGCCGGCCCUCACGGCCCUUGGCUGGCUUCGCAGACGGGCCCUCAGAGGGGGGGUCACUGGGGGGUGGUGGCAGGGGUGGCAUCGGCCCCAGCGGGCGGCGGGGCUUGGUUGCUGGCUGCCGCUGCUGGCCUGCGCUAGGUACCGCCUCCCUCGGUCGCUCAACAGUCACGGGCGGGUUGGCGAAACAAGUGGCAUGCCUAGCACGUACAUGCUGUGA